AGAUGGACGGGUCGUAGAAAAAACACAUGUGGUGCUUUAGCUGAAGUUUUCGUAAUUAAUUAAAAGUAAUCACGAUCUUUAAAAAGACAAUAGUGAUUUAUCACAUUUUCGACUGUUUGGAGUUGUGUCGUCCUUUAAAAAAAAUGGGAAAAUCAAGGACUAAGAACCAGAAGAAGUCGCGUGUAACUGCCGAUCAGGUGGCAGAGGAGACUUACGGCAGUGUGCCGCACACAUUCGUGUUUCACCGCGGGCAGAUCGGGAAGAAUGUCGGACAGCUGGUGAUGGAUAUGAGACGAGUCAUGGAGCCUUUCACAGCGAAAUCUUUAAAGGUGCAGAAGAAUAACGUCUUAAAAGAUUUUGUUACGGUGGCCGGGCCACUUGGAAUAACACAAUUCUCAAUAUUCACCAAAACAGAAAACGGUUUAAAUAUGAGACUUGCACGACUUCCCAAAGGCCCAACGCUUUACUUCCGUGUUACUAAGUACACACUCAUCAAAGACGUGGUUUCAUCUUUAAAGAGACACAGGAUGCAUGAUCAACAGUUUUCCCAUCACCCAUUAGUAGUGCUGAAUAAUUUUGGCACAGAGGGCAUGCAGAUCAAGCUGAUGGCCACCAUGUUCCAGAACAUGUUCCCUUCGAUCAACGUGCACAUGAUCAGCCUCAACAGCAUAAAGAGAUGUGUGCUGUUGAACUAUGAUCCAGUGUCUCAAGAAGUGGAGUUUCGUCAUUAUAGCUUGAAGGUGGUGCCUGUGGGCAUGAGUCGAGGGGUAAAGAAGCUCAUACAGGAGAAAUGCCCCAACAUGAGCAAGCUGGCAGACAUCAGUGAGCUCCUCGUGAAAGGGGUCAACCUUUCAGAGAGUGAGGCAGAGCAGGAUGGUGAUCACAACAUCACAGAGUUGCCUCAGGUGUAUUCGGGUCAUGGGAACAUGGCUUCACAGCAGAGUGCAGUUCGGCUAACUGAGAUCGGCCCCAGAAUGACUCUGCAACUGGUAAAGAUUUUAGAAGGCAUGGGAGAUGGCAACAUUCUUUAUCAUUCAAUUUUAACAAAAUCUGAGGAGGAGCUACAGGAGAUGCUAAACAGGAAGGAUGCCCGUCUGAAAGAGAAGGCAGAGCGGAAGAAAACGCAAGAACAGAACAUUGCCUUGAAGAAAGAAAAACGGGAUGAGAACAAGAAAAAGAGCUUGGAAGGCAUCAAGAGAACACGGCAGCAGGAAGGACAGGUGUCUGAUGAUGAAGUGGAGGACCCUGGGGAUCAGGCUCCAGCUGAGGAAUCAGAAGAUGAAGCAGAAUAUUACAGACAGGCUGUUGGAGAGGAACCAGAUGAAGAUAUGUUUUCUGGGGCAAAAAGGAAACAUAGCCCUGGAAAGUCACUCAGGCCCUUCAAAAAGAGGAAGCUGUCACAAGGAAAGGCCACUCCCCAAGACAAACAGAAUUUCAAGUCGCCUAACAGAAGCAAGCAAGCAAGUCCUGGGGGAAAACGGUUUGAAAAUAGAAAAGCGGUAGAGGGACGAAGCAGGUUUAGGAAGAGUGAAGGAAGGAAAAAGUUUGGAAAUAAAGGGGAAAGAGGAUAUAGGUUUACAGGCCAGAAAAUUGGUGGACAAAACGUUUUUAAAGGACGACAGAAAGGUGCUGGACGAAAAAAGGACUUCAAUCACAAGAAAGGAAAAGGCUGAAGAUCUAAUGAAAGUGAGAGUGGUAAUAUCUUGUAGGACUGAAUCACAAGGUGGGACUGUUGUGUCCCAGAUAUCUUGUGUUACAUGACUGUAUCAUAUUCAUGCAAACAUUAGCAGAUCUGCUGCUUCACUAAUGUCUUGCAUGUGCCUUGUAUAAAUGUUCAUAGAGUUGGAUGUGUUGCCAAUAAACAAUUUUCA